AUGAGAGUUUACACCAUACACGAUCUGAACGCGCGCAAUCCAACGCCGCCAUCUAAUCCGCUCCUGACUUCAUCGGUGACCGACGCAGAGCGGCGGUUUUCGCGUUUCUCCGUCACCGAUGCCGUGCAUCUGAAGCUAAAGCUGCAAGCCCUCGACAACGCCGUGUCAAGAAUUCGCCCGGAAAAUCAUGACCAAGCUGAUAUCGCAACCAUCACUAGUGCAUGUCAAACACGGCCUUUUGAAGAAACUGUGUACGUUGCUGGCUCAGAGAUUUUCUAUCUCGUAGUAAAAGGUCUUGCACGACCACAUAUCAUCGCCGAUGUUUAUGCUGAAGCAUACAAACAUGUCUUACAGGGCAGGCCUUACGUGAACAACUACAAUCUGUCCGGUUGUAGAGGAAUAGACUGUGUUUUCUCCGAUGUGAGAACUGUCCUGGGAGAUAUCGACCGUGUGUGUGACACCAAUCUCGAAGGCGCCUUCGCUAAGCUCGAGGAACGAGGCAGGUCUAUCAUCAGUGCCUAUGCCACCAUCUUGCUAACACUGACUAGUUCAGCCGUUUCCCUUUCUCCGGCUCCCAGCCGAGCUGCGUCUCCAUGUAUACUCAUUCCUGCUUCCUCCUGA